GAAUUUUCCCGCGUUUCGACUAGUAAUAGCGGGAAAAUGUCUGUAUUAACGGUUUGUAAAUAAGGUAUUGUCCAAUCAGGAUUUGUUUGUAAUCAAAAUUGAUUACAGGUAAAAGGUAUACAUGUAAAUGUAUCUCACUUUCUAGCCGUCCUUUGAAGUGUACACAUCAAAAUGGACGCCGAACUUCAAGAGCAGAUCAGAAUUCAAGUCUCGAAUAUUCUGACGGUAAACCAAAAUGACAUGAUGAACCAAAUGCGUUCGAUUAUAUCCAGUGAAAUGGGAAAGAUGCAUGUGCAAUAACAACAGCUUGCAGAAACACAGGUUUCCAAGAUAGAAGCUACCUUGACGGAUGGACCCAAAUUCAAGAAACGAGGGAAUGAAGAGCAAUUUAAGCAAAACGUGAAGGUGCUCAGCAAAAUGAAAGAAGCAGACAGUAUAUUGGACGGUAACAAUCCAACGCCAGAUACCGUAUGCAAAGCCAAGGAGAAGUUAGCGGAAGGUAUUUCUUUAAUGAACUAUAGACAAAAGUUAAUACGUAUUGCUGAUUCAUCCGAGCUGGGCUGGCGAGUUGUACAUGAAUAUGAAACCAACCCGCUUGCAGAUGAUUCGGAGGAUGAAAGGAAAUUGUACAAGGCUGAAAACAUAGCGGAAAGAAAGGUGAAAGCUGAUAAGACAAAGAAAGCUAGACGAGUGCAUCCCUACGUACAACCAGCAGAACAAGCAGUUACUAGUAUGACAAGAAAACCAGGCAGAUGUUUUAAUUGUGGUGUAAAAGGUCAUUGGAAACAGGAAUGUCCUGAGAAACAGCAAAGAAAAAAUGAUAAGAUAAGUAAUAUUAAUACUUUAUAUAGGAAUAAUAUAGAAGUACACGUAGAUAAUUUACGUACAAAGGUUGAUACAAUUAAAUCACCAGUUAAUAAUUUGAGAAAACACAUAAACAAAUGGAAAAUCAUUCAAGCAAGUGAUUACAUUUUAAAUGUUAUUGAAAAAGGGUAUAUGUUACCGUUAAAAACUUUACCUGAGAAUGUUUUAUUAGAUAAUAAUAGAUCAGCUAAAGAAAACAAAUCAUUUGUAACAGAUGAAAUCGAGAAAUUAUUAUCUAAAGGGUGUAUAUCAGAAGUAUUUGUAAAGCCUAAGGUUGUUAAUCCAUUAACGGUUGCAGGAAUAGGUUUGAGAGACAAAAUUAAGGAUGAUGUUAAAGAAGCCGGAGUAGACGAGGAAUCUGAACUUUUCAAGUAUGCAGAACAUAUGUCCAGUUAUAUUGUGAACAGUAGAAGUGAUAAUACAUCAAAAUCGUACUUAUAUGCAUUUAAACGUUGGGAAACAUUUAUUAAAAAACAUGGUUUUCAAGCUUUACCAGCACAGCCGGUUCAUAUAGCUUUAUAUAUAACUUACUUGCUUGACACUGGUGCUACAUGUAACACUAUUAAUUCUGCUAUAUAUAGUAUAAAAUGGGUGCAUGAAAUGAGUAAUUUUGCAGAUCCAACUAAAAAUUCAUAUAUACAUUCAUUACAAGAAUCUGCCAAGAGAGUGGCUACUGUUAAGAAACACAAGAAGGAUCCCGUUUCAUUAGAUAUGUUAUUGAAAUUGUGUAGCAUGUUUUCAGAUAGCCAAGAUUUACUUGUGGUUCGUGAUUUAACAAUGAUUUUACUGUCUUUUGCUGGGUUUUUGCGUUUUGAUGAGAUUAGCUCUCUUUUGUGUAAAAAUGUUGAAGUUAAAUCAGAUUAUUUAAUUUUGUAUAUAGAGAAGAGUAAGACUGACCAGUAUCGUAAUGGUAAUGAGGUUUUAAUUUCCAAGGGGGAUACCAUUGCUUGCCCAUAUGAGAUGUUUUUGAAAUAUGUAAAUCUUUCAGGUGUCAUUUUGGAAUCAAAUUUUUUCCUGUUUAGACCUAUUUUUCGUUCUAAAAGUAUUUGUAAACUUAUAUAUAAAAACAAAAAGCUUAGUUAUACUACAGCCAGAGAAAGCAUUAUUUCUAGACUGAAACUAGUUUCAAAAGACCUGAAGCUUGGAUUGCAUUCAAUGCGGUCAGGUGGGGCUACUGCUGCAGCAAAUUCGGAUGUCAAUGAUAGGGUAUGGAAACGACACGGUCGUUGGAAAAGUGACAGUAGCAAGGAUGGUAACGUUGUGGAUUCAGUUGAUAAAAGGCUGCAAGUGACCAAGCAUUUGGGGUUGUAAACAUUUUUUGUUUUUCAUUACUUCCGGUUCCCCCUAUAUUUGUAAGUUUUCUAGCGUACUUGACGGGCUAGUCGGCAAAAUUAAUAUUGUUCUUAAUUUGUAUAUUAAUUAUGGUAAACGUACAUAGUGUUUAUGUACGAUAUGGUGUAGGCCGGUUAGUAGGUAAUAGAGUAAAUACAUGAAUUUUCCCGCGUUUAGACUAGUAAUAGCGGGAAAAUGUCUGUAUUAACGGUUUGUAAAUAAGGUAUUGUCCAAUCAGGAUUUGUUUGUUAUCAAAAUUGAUUACAGGUAAAAGGUAUACAUGUAAAUGUAUCUCACUUUCUAGCCGGCCUUUGAAGUGUACACAUCAAAAUUACAUUUUUGAUAAUAGUUAUCAAUAUCUCAAAGCUGUGGGAGUAUUGUAUAUUUUUAAUUUUUUUAAUUUUCAAUUUCGAAAUGUUAUAUAGAUUAUAAGUGUAGUUUUUGAUUAGGAGUGAAAGUUCAUUAUCAAUGCAGGUUCUCGUGUUGUCCCUAUGAGACGGUCUGUCGAAAGAUAUUUUUGCUGUAGAACACAGGUUUCCAGAGCUUUUAUGACCAUCAAAGAAUGUAUGGUUUUAUCUCUGGUUUUUCCUGGGCGUGUCUUGGCCGUUGGUACGGGGAAGAACUUUCUUAAGUUAGUUGUAAUGAUCAAUGAUUAUAAAAUGAGUGGAUGUUUACUUAAACAAUGUUUAUCAUAUUUAUUACAUGUUGUAUAUCUAAAAUAAAAUCCGGCGUCCAGCGUACUUGACGGGCUAGUCGGCAAAAUUAAUA